CGUGCAGUUUUGGUCACCAAAUUUGAGGAAGGACAUUUUUGCUAUUGAGAGAGUGCAGUGUGGGUUCACGAGGUUAAAGGGGUGUUGGGACUCUCAUAUGUUGAUAGAGUGGAGUGGGUGAGAGGUGUUCUUAUUGAAACAUAUAAGAUUAUUAAGGGUUUGGACACGCUAGAGGCAGGAAACAUAUUUUUGAUGUUGGGGGAGUUCAGAACCAGGGGCCACAGUUUAAGAAUAAGGGUUAAGCCAUUUAGAAGGGAGAUGAGGAAAUAUUUUUUCACACAGAGAGUUGUGAGCCUGUGGAAUUCUCUGCCUCAGGUGGAGGCCGGUUCUCUGGAUGCGUUCAAGAGAGAGUUAGAUAGAGCUCUUAAAAAUAGCGGAGUCAAGGGAUAUGGCGAGGAAGCAGGAACAGAGUACUGAUUGUGGAUGAUCAGCCAUGAUCACAUUGAAUGGCGGUGCUGGCUCGAAGGGCCGAAUGGCCUACUCGUGCACCUAUUGUUUAUUUCAGUACAAGCCAAUUUUAUAUUUUAUCUUUCUCACCCUGAAUCUGGUGUUCUAACCAGCCAUACGCUACAGCCGUCAUCACUCUUCUUGAAGUGGCGCACUUUACAGAUCCUCCAUAGACGCUGUCUGACUUGCUUAAGGCAGAAGACAAAGGAUACAAGUAAUUAGUUAAUAUUCACAAUGGAGGGUGGUAGACAAUGGAAUUGGCCGGAAUCAGUACAAAGAUCGCCGCGCUCUCUUCUCUGUGUAACUUGGACACAAGCACGUCGGAUAAAAUCUCCAAAUUGGGGAUGACACAAAACGUGGAAGAUAGAAUGCAGGAGGACAAGACUGGCGUUAGACAUCGUUCUCUCUUCAUCUGCGACCGGGCGUCAUGCUGCGUCAAACGUAAUCUUCUCCCUCUGGGACAAGGCGUUCACUCUCCCUCCGGGACCUGGCGUGACGGUUCCGUUAAACACAAAGCAGUGAUUGGAAUCUCGAAUCCCGGCCCCUCGCACACUCUGACCUCACGGGGAAGGUAUUGUAGAUCUUGGGCCGUCAUCCUGUGACCUCACAGAGCUCUCGCCCCCCUCACACCAGCCGGAGGGUAAACAUCAUGGAAGGCGCUAAGGACUGGAUGAUGCCAGAUCCUCUGCUCACCUUCACCUGAAGAACCACUGAGAAUCAGAACGCAGGUGGUCUGACACACGGUUGGACCAGGCUGUAGAGAGGAGGUGACACAGCCGAAGGGGAGGGUGAGGGGGUCGAAGAGGUAAAGUUGGAGGAGAGGAAGGAGCGCAAAAGCCGGACGAUCAUUUUCCACUGGAACCAGGAGAGCGUGGCCUAACGGACGAGUGUGUUGAGAUACCAUGCCCCGGCAACAUGAAACCGAGCAGGAACAAUUCCUCGAGAAGAUCUCUUGUGCAUCAACCUAUAUCUUCUUCCUUCAAUCGCUUCUGCCUGAACCUCCGCCGUUGCAAAAGCUACUUCUGGGACUCCGAUAGCUUCGAGGACGCCGAAUCUUGCUGCCAGACGGAAUCCCCCCAUUGUAGCCGUCCUUGCUCCAGGAACUGGUUCUCCUGUAUUCUUCCAGAGUAUUCGUCGGUGGCCAAACAGCAGCCAAAGCAAUUCAUCUCCAGGGGUACCCUGACAAGCAUUGAUCUCCAUGAAACCUCUCUGGAUCCUCAGAUUGCUCCAGAAAAUGCGUAUACUUUGAGUGGCCCUGGGAUCUCUCAGACUCGGGAGCCAGUCCGCACAGGAACCGGGCCGCGAGUUACAAUCGGAGGCCCUUCGGUGACCGCCGGCCCGUGUCUGCCCUCGGGAGGGCACAAGAGCCGCGUUUGGCCGCAGAACUCGCCCGUUGCCUCUACUGCCCCACGGCCCGGUGGACCUGUGGGCAGCCGCCCGGUCCAGCGCCCGAGAGUGCUCACCAGCGUGGUGCUGCUAGAGUCCAGGGGCCCCGACAGACUCAUCCUCAUCCUGACGCUCAUCACCAUCUGCUACGGGAGCCGAGCCUCGGGCCGCGGGAGGCCCGGCAGCUCCGGGCGGGCGUGGUCAGAUGUCCGGCCUGGUCCGGCGUCCUGCAGCCCCCCGAGCGCCUCCGAGACCCGUCCAUCUCCCUCUCCUCACGGGGCCUUCACUUGGACCCAGUCCCCGGGCUGCGCCCACGCCGAGGGCCGGGGGGAGACCGAGCUACCUCCCGCUCCAACCCGGCCAAUGUCCCGCCCGCAGGGGGAGGGCGAGGGUGAGGGCCGGCACCUGGUCGGUGGGGAGCGGCCGAGCCUCCCUCAUGACCCGGAGCAGGGCGGGGACCUUUGCCCGUCCCUCCACGACUCUCACCGGGAGCCGGGAACUCCAGUUCCCUUCGCGCUCACGUCUCCCAGCGGCUCGGGGUCGCAUUUCACUCAGGACGGUCCGACCUUCACUGCCCUCCCGUUCCAGAGGGGCCUCGCUGGGGGACAAGCCGCGGGCUCGAGCCUCGGGGAGGACGAUUCGAUUCUCGGCGCUGCCUCUGGAGAGGACGGCGACCUCGGGGAGGAUCCCUCUGCCGGUCAGUGCGGGCCGGUGGAGGGCGGGGUCCCUAGUUAUCCUCCCGUCGAAGGAUCCUCCGCCCACAGCGGCCGGGGCGAGGCUGGUUGGAGGAUGGAGCCGUGGGAUGAGGAGCCGGAGGCCGAGUCCAGCGUCUCCUCCAGCCCUCGACCGUCUCGGCCGGCGGCAGAGCAAGCGGAUGCCGCUGCGCCCUGCGAGGCCCAGGGCAUUUCGACCGAGAUGAGCGGCAGCGAGAGGGGUGGUGGGUUGGUGCCCGAGUCCCAGUUGCCGGGGCUCCGCGGCCUGGCUGCAGCCGAGGGUUGGAGCGGGGCCUUCAACACCUCGCUCUGGGUCUUCCAGCACUUCCAGGACCUGCCCCGGGAACUCAGGCGGCCGCACCCCGGCCUCUUGCUCUUUCAGGCCAGAAUGGAGCAGGGCCCCGAGGGCGCCGUGCAGGGCCCGGGGCGGAUCGGCCCCGCCAGCCCGAGCCGCAGCCGCCCUCCCCGCGUCGCGCCGCCUCCCCACCUGGAGAUGCAGGCCGAGGAGAAGGCGCUGCUGGAGCUGCUGACCAGCCAGGCCUCUCCUCCGGCCUCCGUGCCCGACAGCCAGCUGGUCUCCGUCCCUCCCACCGACCGCGAGUACUGGGCGACCUUCUACUUCGGCGGCGGCGUGGAGGCUGCGCGCCGUCUGCUCCGGGAGCGGGGGCUCAAGGCUGCGGGGCCGAGGUGGGGGUCGCCUAACUGAGGCCCGGUGUCAGCGCCAGUCCCCUGCGGCCCCGUCUGACAGCAGGAGUGUGGCCGUGUUAUAAUGCGGAGCUGGUGAGGGGAGGGGGGUGUUCCCUAACGACCAUUAAACGAAUUGCAUCG